AUGCUAUCAGGAUUAGACGAUAUACAAAUACUUACUUUUUCACAAGGAAAAAAAAAGAAGCCCCUCAAGGCUCCCAAGAAGCAGUCGAAGGAGAUGGACGAUGAGGACAUGGCUUUCAAACAGAAACAGAAAGAGGAGCAGAAAGCAAUGGAACAGCUGAAAGCCAAGGCUGCUGGAAAAGGACCUUUAACUGGAGGAGGAAUCAAGAAGUCUGGGAAGAAAUGAAUGUGUUUCUGUGUAUAUCUGCUUGCCGUGUAAACCACCGACUCAUGAUUUGGCUCCACAGUGGCGACUAAAAUGAAUUAUUUUUUAGUUUAUAUUUCUCUCGUAAAGGAAUAAAGUUUGUUAUGACUGUAAAUUUCAAUUUCAGAUGUUUAAUGUCUCUGUGAAAUAUUCAUUUGACAUGCACAAUAUCCAAACAUUUCAAGUAAACUUGAGUCUCAUGUAAACAAUCACAGAAGUGUUUCUACAAGCUUCUCCAUCUGAUCUCCGGAGGCACACUUUUCUUGUCCACAAAUGUUCCAUCUCAUCUUUGUUCAACCUAAAAACAAAAAAACACUUUUUUUUUUUUGUGAUGUGUCUUUAAUCAUUUUGCUGUUGUUCACGUCUCUUACAUUUGUUUAAGCUGCUUACAUGUUUACUUCAGCUUCACUUGUACUGGAUAGUGGUCACUCACUCUCCGCGCCUGUGAAGAAGAUACCUGUGCUUUAGUAAAAUGUUGAUCAAGUCCUCUCCAAAACAACAUUCUGUAAGCUAAAUGUACAGUAAUCAGUAACUCAUGUCUUUAUGGUAAGUGUGAUUAAAAAGAGGGUUUUCAAUCCAAAUAAAAACUGAUUCUCGUA